UGGUUGUUGACUUUGAAAAUGGCUAAAGUAAUUAAAGUUUUGCAAACUAUCAGAGAAAAUUGGAAGAAGUCCGUCUUUGCUGUUAUUAUAGCAGGAUAUGGAGUGAAAUUUGUCAACAGAAAAUUUGAGGAGGAUCUGUUAAGAAGAGAGUACUGUAAAGAAGCAAAGAAAUUUGGAGAUGUCAAGAUAAGCAUUGGAGAGAGGCCAAGAAAGUUAACUGUCUUUCUGAAUCCAGCAGCAUCAUCUGGGAAAGCAUCCAAACUAUUUGAAAAAAAUGCUGCACCAUUACUUCAUCUUGCUGGUAUUGAAGUCAAUCUUGUUAAGACAGAAUAUGAGGGACAAGUAAAGAAGUUCAUGGAGGUCCUAGAGAGGGAGGAAACAGAUGGGAUAGUGGCCGCAGGAGGGGGAGGGACACUCCUGGAGACUAUCACUGGUGUAAUGAAGAAGGAAGACAAGAAUUUUGCAAAAAAGAUUCCUGUAGGAGUUAUACCCCUUGGAAAGACUAACCUAUUUGCCAAGUUACUAUUUGGAUCAGAUAAAGAACAAGUGAGAAUCAUAUUGGAUUCAACCUUAGCUGUUGUAGAUGGAUUUUAUAAGAAAAGGGAUGUGAUUGAAUACAUGAGUGAGGACGGAAGAAGCACAUACUCUUUGAUGGGGCUCACAGCAGGGCCAUAUAGCCAGGCUGAAAAGAAAAAGAACAAGUACUGGUAUUUUGGUCCCUUGAAGUCUAGAUGGACCUAUAUAAGAUCCACACUCACCCAGUGGCCAUCUGUUAUUUCGGGAAAAUUAAGUUAUAUACCAGCUACGGAGGAGAAUACGAAACUCCACAAGGUCGUUAUCAAGAAGGCCCCACCAGAAAUCAAACGAAGCUGGUGGAACAUAUUACAUGUGUUCUAUAAGCCUGUGCAGCAAAAUUCACAAGAUAUCAUUGAGGAGGUAGAGGCAGAAGAUGGUGAAGAAGAGGAGGUUUCCGUGGGGGACUUGACCACAGUAGAGUUAUCUGUCACAGCCCCCAUUGUCCAAAGUCAGGAAGAGAAAAUUGUCGCCUUAGAUUUACAGAUUGGCCCAAGUCAUAUUGACAGGAAAGACUUCAUAAGUGAAGGGUUUAGGAGAGAAAAAUUGCCCAACCGUGUGUAUAGCUCACCAGACAGCAGUCAUACACUGGUCAAGAAGGUCAAAUUUGUCCCAGACUUGCCAGAGGAUACGGAGAAAAAGGUGUGGUAUUCAAUUGAUGGGGAGCAGUUUGAGGCCGUACCUGUGGAAAUCAGACUUCUAAGAAAUAGACUAAAGAUAUUUGAACGAUUUAGAACAUUAUCUUGAUAAUAAAUAAGUCAUUUAACAAGUG